ACAGUUGCCAGGCCUUCACCCGGGAUGUACCAAAUCCCUCGUCACGCGCGGCGAAAAUUGUUUUGGUUUAUAUGUUUUCUCAUUGUUUCUAUAUCCUGGGGAUUUGUGUUCUGGACAGGAGCUGUAAUAGUUAAAAGAAACCUAGAGUCAAACUAAUCUAAAGUAUUAUUCUGAACUGUCAAGUUAUUGAAUGGAACUACUUGAUCCACAGAAUCCCAGACUUCUAACAAAUCUCGAAGUCCUAAAGCUUAUCAAAGAUAAACUUGAAUCUAAAAAGAAAGUUAGGCGCCAACAAACACUGUUAUAUACAAGUGCAAAGUAUCUAAAUAACAAGUCACCUUGUAGCAAACAGCUGGAGUCAGGAGUACAGGGAUUUGCUGAAGAGGUCAAAGUAUUUAAUUUAUCAAAAUCUGAAAUCCUAAUGCUUAUCAACCAUUGUCCUAGUAGUCAAGUGGAGUUAUCAGUGAUAAUUAGCGAUUUAGAUUCUCGAUUAUCUAACAGUCAAGCUGAUCAAAUUUUACAAUUAGUUGAAAAGCAUUUCCCUGAUGGUGUGGCUGCAAGUCAAACAAUCAAUUCUACAGGUACACUAGAAGUAUCUGAUGAUGUCACAUAAUGAUUACUACUUGGAUAUACAUAUCUUUCAUUCUUAAAUACAUGUAUUUUUUACU